AUGCUGUGUUAUGAUGGGAAACUCAGUAUUUUUUGUUUUAUCAGUGCUGGUUUAAUUGCAAUUCUAUUAGAAAUAAUAUUAAGGUUAGAAUUUAACGUUCUUCAAGCAUAUAUCAAUAAAAUUUGGCUCGCUCAUUUAUUUCAGUAUGGAUUUUUAAAUAUAUUUUUACUUCUUGGAUUUCGUGGCUUCUCUUAUCAGGUAGCUGUAAGAGCAGUUUUCUUAGGAUAUGUUUUUGGUAUUGGAAGUGUUGUGUCCUUUAUUGCACCAUCUUCCUGGCAGAUGUUUGGAAUAUAUAUUACCGUACUUGCGAUGUUUCAUUAUUCAGAAUUUUUAAGCAUAGCUUGGAUAAAUCCAUCUACUCUUUCCAUUGAUAGUUUUAUUUUAAAUCAUAGCAUAUCUUAUGGAGUGGCAGCAUGCUCCAGUUGGAUAGAAUUUAUUGCAGAAAGGCAAUAUUUUCCUGUGAUGAAAGAACCUUCUUUUAUAUCAUAUUUUGGGUUAAUACUAUGCAUUUGUGGAGAGCUUUUGAGAAAACUGGCAAUGUUUACUGCCAAACACAACUUUAACCAUAUUGUACAGAGUGAAAAGUUGGACAACCAUGAAUUGAUUACCUAUGGUGUUUAUAAAAUUUGUAGGCAUCCUAGUUAUGUGGGCUGGUUUUACUGGUCUAUAGGAACACAGCUAAUACUUCAAAAUCCAUUUUGUCUCUUUGCAUACACUGUGGUAUCGUGGAAGUUCUUCCAUGAUCGUAUUUUAAUUGAAGAAAUCACAUUGCUUAAUUUCUUUGGAUAUGACUACGUAAAAUAUCAGAAAGAAGUUGGUACAGGACUGCCUUUUAUAUCUGGCUAUAAAUUGAAUUUAUAG